AUUUAUACUAAAUUUUUUUUUUCUGAUUAAUUAUGCUAUUACAAAUUAUGAGAAAUAUUACAUAGAAGAUAUUAAAGCCGACAAUUUUACUUACCUCAUGAGGAUUCACGCCUGACUGCAUCACCCUGAGUAGCCCUAUGAGAUCCAUUCAUGAUGGUACUUUUUGUGCCAUGCUGAAGAUCUCUUGUAAGCAUUUUCUCUAAUUUUCUGUAUGAUUCGUCUUUUUUGGAAAUUGAAACCCAAACCUCUUCCUGUAAAAAUUGCAUUUGUCUGGGGUUUGAACCCCAGACCUGGGUGUAGAAACCUCUAAACUUUGAUCACUAGGUCACGGUGCUUUCACACCCAGGUUAAACCAAAAUAUAUUAUUAGAAACAGGUUAAACCAAAAUAUAUUAUUAGAUAUCCCACACAUAUCAAUUGUCUUUGGCAAGAUAUAAAUAUGAUGUGGCAGUACUCCUCCAUUCUCUAGCUAUCUUUUUGAUGUGAGUUAGUCACAUAAGUAAUAUAGUAUAAAGUGAUGGCCAAGCCACUAUACACGUAUACAGUAUGUAUUAUUUACAUCUAAUAUAUAUCUAUAUCAUUUUAUCUUGAUAAAGAAAGAGACCAUCACUUUAUCUUGAUAAAGAAAGACACCAUCACUUUCAGAUUCUUUGGUCGGCUCAUUGAAAAGUCAUCCAUGUUUUGUUAAUUUAUAGAAUAAAGUUCGAGUUCUGGCAAGAAAACAUCUGCUAUAUAUAAACAAGCCAGUGAGACUUUGAGAUGUGCGUUACUGAUCGUACGUAGAAGAAGAAAAAGAGAGCAAUGGCCACCAUUACAACCGAUCGUUCAAUUCAACUAAAUGCUUUCGAGGAGACCAAGACCGGCGUAAAAGGCCUUGUUGAUUCUGGAAUCACCGAGGUUCCGGCUAUCUUCCGUGCGCCUACGGUUGUGUUAGAUAACCUAAAACCACCACCAGCUUCGCAGCUAACGAUCCCGACCGUUGAUCUGAAAGGAGGACGAGUCUUCUUAAAAAAACAAGAGGGCUCGGUCACGCGGCGAGGCGUGGUUGUUAAGAUAGGAGAUGCGGCGGAAAAAUGGGGAUUUUUCCAGGUGGUCAAUCACGGGAUUCCUCUCGACAAGAUGGAGAAGAUGAGAGAAGGGAUUCGAGGGUUUCACGAGCAGGACACGGAGACUAAGAAACGGUUCUACUCUCGCGAUCACACCAGAAAAUGGGUUUACCACAGCAACGUCGAUCUCUACACCGCUCGGGCUGCGAGCUGGAGAGAUACCCUCUGUUGCUACAUGCCCCCCGAUCCUCCCACACUGGACGACUUGCCUGCGGUUUGUGGGAAGAUUAUGAUGGAGUACAAAAAAGAAAUUAUGAAUUUAGGUGAACUGCUCUUUGAGCUUCUCUCAGAAGCACUAGGGUUAAAGCCUAAUCACCUCAAGGACAUGGGUUGCACCGAGUCAUUGGUCAUGUUCGGCCAGUAUUACCCAUCUUGCCCUCAGCCCGACCUUACUCUAGGCUUAAGCAAGCACACCGAUUUUUCUUUUCUAACCAUUGUUCUUCAGGGAAAUAUCGGAGGGCUUCAAGUUCUCCAUGACAAGUAUUGGGUCGAUGUUCCUCCUGUCCCUGGGGCUUUUGUCGUUAACAUCGGAGAUCUUCUCCAGCUUAUAAGCAACGACAAGUUCAUAAGCGUGGAGCACAGGGUGGUAGCAAAUGGAGCCACUGAACCGCGGGUUUCGGUGCCAUGUUUCUUCAGCAGCAUCAUGAAGGCGAAUCCUCGAGUGUAUGGACCCAUCAAAGAGCUUCUGUCAGAACAAAACCCUCCAAAGUAUAGGGAGUUAACCAUCAGUGAGUUCUCAAACAUGUACGGGACAAAAGAACUCAAUACAUCUGCGUUACACCAUUUCAAGAUCUGAGAUAUUGACCAAAGAACAUGUCUUUGCGUUCGUAAAGCGUGCAUGUAUGCUUCAACUCCAUGUCAAAAUCACUGAGUCAAUCACAAAAUAUAAAGUUUAUAAACCGUCUCCGUAAUAAUAAUGUGUCUGUUUGUCUGCAUAAUUCUUCUUUGACCAAAUAAAAUGUCUUUAUUAUAAGAAGGACAAUACACCCCAUCCUUUCAAUCCCAAAAAAAAUAAAUUCCGCUGAAUUUUUUUUUUUUGUAAACUAAUUCGGCUGAAUUUUAGAAAACCAAAUUUACAGGACUAAACUUAGAAAUAUAAGCUCAGUGGUUUUUUGUGUGUGCAAAAAGCUCAACGACUUAACCAUCAAAUCCUAAAGUGAUAUAUAUAUAUAUAUAUAUAUAUAUAUAUAUAUACAUUCUGACCUGAAAUGUUAUCAACCGAAAGCAACCGAACUAAAAUAAUACUCGAAUGGAACUUAGGAAGCUAUAGUAGAAAAUCCGAGAACCUGACCGAAUGCCCAUGCCUAAAUAAGAUCAUACUGUGUGUAACUCUAGAUUGGUGUUAGGACUACAAAAUAUGUAUAGUGAAUCGUUGUUCUUAAAUGAUCACUAUUAUUUUUUUUACAUUUCACAUAUGCACACUCAGGUUAUAGAAGGGGGAUGUCACCAAUACAAUCACGACACUACAUGAAUGGAUCAGUAUUCUAGCCUUGUAAACUAAACUGAUAAUCAAACUGAUGUUAAUUGAUUAGAAAGGAGAUAAAAUGAGCUUGUCUUGGAGGAGAAACGGCGGCGAUGGCAGAAGAAGCAGAAAGAGAGGCCAUUAUUCUUGACGUUAUUUGACCUUCUGCAAGACAAAGUGUUAAAGAGUAGAAGAAACAAAUGAAUGAUGUUUAAACUAUAACGCUUUUUGGUGACAAAGGUAGAUUACGCAUAUUCGUCGUCACGUGGCACCUUCGUUCCACCAUAUAUAGAGUUUUUUUUUUUUAACAACCAUAUAUAGAGUUUCUCUAUUUGAAAAUUGCUAUUAUUAACUGAUUUUCACCAAAAAAGAACUAUAACUAGUAUUUCAAUCUGAAAAAAAAACUAGUAUUUCAAUUGAUUGGGACAAAAAUAAUGCAAAGCCCAUGCUUAAGAGAAAAUAUAUGGGCCGUCAAGGAAAAAAGCUAUGCUUUGACUGUUUACAUUUUCAGGACCUGAUGUAGUACACGUACCUUCUACAAAUUCAGUGCACUGUAUAUUUCUGAUGAAAUUAAAAAUGAAAUCAUGGAGUGGUCCCAAAAGAUCCAAGGACAAAAAUACAUGAAGUGGUACCAUGUGAUGUUUACGAGAAAGACAAGACGACACCUGUUACUACACUUACUAGCAAAACUAUUAGGUUUCUAUAAAUAUCCUUGUGUAAUUUGACGAAAAAUUAUUAUAGCGAUGCAUACAUAUAGUUCCUUUUUCAAACCACCCUACUUAACAGGAAACAAUACAGUGAAACACAUCAGCAAACAAACAUUUGUGAUCACUGAUAGCGAACACUAUGUUUUCUUUUAUCAUUCACAUAUAAACUGCACUAUACCUAAUUACUAUUAUUUCCAACACUACACAUGUAAAGCAACACCGCAAAUCAUAUUGUUCAUUGCAUAUAUGUAUACUCCAUAUUAAGUAAACAAAUAAAAUUGCUAACUUAGAAGAGACUUAAAUAUACAUGAACUCCAAUAAUUAUAUUGGAUAGUUUUCAAUAAAACUGAGAUGUGUUAUAAAACAAUGUAUUUUGACAAAAAAUGUAUUGGCGUGCGUUCAUCUAAAUGUUUUUUUUUCUAUUAAAAAUAAGGUAGUGAUUAAACCCCAGAAUCCACCAAAACAUCAUUUAAAAAUAUCAAAUAUUUGGACCAUGAUGUUGGGAUUAUCGUAUAAAUUAUUUUAUAAAACAACAAGAAAUAGUCAAUAAGUAUAUUCAUAUUGUUCAUGAAGGGACCAGAGAAAAAGAUGGUGCGAAUAACCAAAAACUAAACAGUGACAUGACUAAGAGAAGUGUGGGAGAGAUUGAGAUGAGAUGAAAGGCAUAGAAGCAAUAGGGCCAUGUGGCUGUCUCGGCCUCAUUACAACAUUUCCUAAUCGACACUCGAUCUCCAUACCUUUCCCUUAUCGCUUUAGAGCUUCUUUUUCUUCAUUUUUUUUAAAUUAAUUGGACCGAUUGUAAUUGACAAUUUCCUUGUUUUUUUGUCGUGUAAUAUACAUUAGAACAUGUAUGUUCGGUGACUAGUUGAGAUCAAAAAAGUUUGGUUUAAAACUCGUGACAUUGUGUCUGAAAAAUUAUAUAUUUGUGUAUUGAUAAUACUGUAAUGUGUAAGUGUGUAUUAAGAAUUAUUAAGAAUAUGCGAUAUACUGUAUAUGUAAAUUAAUGUUUCCAUAUAGUACUAGACGUCUUGUCAUAACGAUUUUAAAUGGUUUUAAUAUAGUAACCCUAAAACCAUCCACGUUUCAAGGUUUUCAAUUGAAUUCUUAAACACUAAUACAAAUAGAAAAAUAAUAAAAAAUAAAAAAUUUGACCCAAAAAAAAAAAGAAAAAUAAUAAAAAA